CGGUGGGAGCGUCAGUUGCGGUGCCGCGGCUGGGAUCGAGCGUUCGGGAGCGUCCGGGAGCGUCGGAGCUGGGAGCAAGAAAGGUGAUAUGGAGUGUGCAGUAGAAGGUCCUCAAGAGCAUGGCAGGCAAGGAGCUAAAUCCACACAGCACCCUGGAUUCCCUCUUCAGAAGCCCUCAAAUGCAUCUCAGGGGGCAGGAAGGCUGCAGACAGCAAACAUCAUGACUCUUCCUGCUUCCAUGCAGACCAGUGGCAAGCUGUCACCUUCAGCCCCUGGUCAGCUAAACCCAGAAGGGAGCCAGAAGCCUGCACAGGAGACUGUCACUGCUGCAGCAGCUCAGGUGGGAAGUGACCACCCUCCUCCUGGGCAUUCUCUGAGUAAGGGGCUGCAGGACAGGCUGGUCUGGCACAACCUCGACCCACGAGCUUCCACAUCACUGCAGCAGUUGAGAACUGUUCAAUCUGCUGCAGACAGUCUCGGGAAGGCAGGAGUCUCGGCCCACAGGCAAAAUUCGUCUGUAACAUCAAGGCCUGUUCUGGGUUCAAAAGGCAGAAUUGGGAACCAGCAACCUCAGGAAGAGCUGGCCUUGGAUAAAUUCAGGAAAACCCUGCCAUUACAAAAUACAAGUAUUGGAAAUGGACCAUUGCAGCUCUCUAGAUGCCUUUCUGCUUCUACUUCGGUGAGGCAACCUGGCACAGCUCCAGGGGGAAGCCUUAAGCACCACAGGCAACCCCCUCCAGUGAGAUUUACGAGCAAGCCUCCCACUUUGGGCAACCCCCAGGGGACUACAAAUAAAACCAGCCUGAACCCAGGUGUCACUUUGCCAUGGCCAAGGCCCACAGUUAAAGAGGGCGUGGACAGGAAAGUGGUGCUUCCUGGACACAUAGAAGAAGGCCAAGGGACAGGUCACUCAAACCAGUCCUGCAGCUGGCUGCACAGCUCCAGCACUCAUAUAGUUGAGGAUGGUUUGAGGAUAGACCAGCCUAAACCAGAAGAGCAGAAGGCAAGUGGCAUGCAGGCUAGGACCCCACCAGCUCCAGAUCGUAGGAAACAGCUGGAGGAGUGGUUGAUAUCCAAAGGCAGGAAAUACAAGCGGCCACCCAUGUCUCAGCUUUGGAAGCAGAAUGUGAUGCCACCCUCUAGAAAGAUCAAAGCAAAAGAGAAUCAAGAGAAUCCACAGCAGCACUGCCAAGCAGCAAGGAAAACCACAUUACCUGAGUGCCUGAAGCUCGUUGAGGAGGUGGGAAUGGGAAAGGAGCUGCUUGAACGAGCUUCUCUCCUGGAGUGUGCCAGGGGAUGA